UCCGUGCCUAUUUCAAAAACCAAAAACAAAAAGUUCCGUGCCCUAGUUCGUCACCACCAAACAGAUUUCGUGUCCCCAACAGUCUCGGCGCGGUUUCUUCUUUAGCAUAUUCUUUUUUCUCUCAGUUAAGACCGGGGUUACGUUUAAGAUUCUCUUCCGUUGAGCGACGCUCUUUCUCGUUCACUUGUCUGGGCUGCGAGCUCCAUUUCACUUGCAAUGGGAGUUCCGGCUUUCUAUAGGUGGUUAGCGGAGAAGUACCCGUUGGUGGUGGUGGAUGUGAUCGAAGAAGAACCGGUCGUAAUCGAGGGCGUUCAAAUUCCGGUCGAUACUAGUAAGCCGAACCCUAACAACAUGGAAUUCGACAAUCUCUACCUCGACAUGAACGGGAUUAUUCACCCUUGCUUUCACCCCGAGGACAGGCCUUCUCCAACAACUUACACGGAAGUAUUUCAGUGUAUGUUUGAUUACAUUGAUAGGCUUUUUGUGAUGGUGAGGCCUCGAAAGCUGCUAUACAUGGCCAUUGAUGGUGUUGCCCCAAGGGCUAAAAUGAAUCAACAGCGAUCUAGGCGUUUUAGAGCGGCUAAAGAUGCAUCGGAUGCGGCAGCUGAAGAAGCACGGCUAAGAGAGGAAUUUGAGAGAGAGGGCAGAAAGCUUCCUCCUAAACAGGAGUCACAAGUUUUUGAUUCUAAUGUCAUUACACCGGGAACUGAAUUUAUGGCUGUUCUAUCAGUUGCACUGCAGUACUAUAUUCAUCUCAGAUUGAACAAUGACCCUGGUUGGGAAAAAAUCAAGGUCAUUCUCUCUGAUGCCAAUGUUCCUGGCGAAGGGGAACACAAGAUUAUGUCAUAUGUCCGCCUUCAAAGAAACCUCCCUGGUUAUGACCCAAAUACACGUCAUUGCCUGUAUGGUUUGGAUGCAGAUCUGAUAAUGCUAGGUUUGGCUACCCACGAAAUUCAUUUUUCCAUACUUCGAGAGAUUGUAUUUACCCCUGGGCAACAAGACAAAUGCUUCCUAUGUGGCCAGAUGGGUCAUUUAGCUGCAAAUUGUGAAGGGAAAGCAAAAAGGAAGUCUGGAGAAUUUGAUGAGAAAGGUGAAAGGGCUGUUGUUGCUAAAAAACCAUACCAGUUUCUCAACAUUUGGACUCUUAGAGAAUAUUUGGAGCAUGAAAUGGCGAUUCCUAAUGCUCCAUUCAAGAUUGAUCUUGAAUGCAUUGUAGAUGAUUUUAUCUUCAUGUGUUUCUUUGUUGGCAAUGAUUUCUUACCACAUAUGCCCACUUUAGAGAUUCGUGAGGGUGCGAUUAACUUGCUGAUGGCAAUAUACAAGAAGGAAUUUAGGGCAUUGGGUGGUUAUUUGACUAAUGGAAGCAAGCCAAAUUUGAGCCGGGUGGAGCAUUUCAUUCAGGCUGUUGGAACUUUUGAGGAUAAGAUAUUCCAGAAAAGAGCUCGAUUGCAUCAGCGGCAAGCUGAAAGAAUAAAGCGUGAAAAGGGACGUGCCAUGAGAGGAGAUGACGCACAGCCUCUAGUUCAACCCGAGUCUCUGGUGCCGAUUGCUCGAUAUCAUGGUUCUCGUCUUGCUUCUGGUCCUUCACCUUCACCCUAUCAUCAAUCAGGAUUUAAUCACAGUUCAGAGAGCUCAAUUUCUGCUAGAAAAGAUUACCAACUUGGACAAGCCACUGCAGGGUUAUCAGGGCUUGACAUUAAAAGCAAGCAGGCUUGGGCCUCAGAUGCUAGAGGGACUUCUACUCGGCCACAAAAAGUUGCACGUUUGUCUUCAGGGGCCACGAUUGGUGCCGCUAUUGUUGAAGCUGAAAGUAGCUUUGAAAUAGAAGUAGAUGAAAACAAAGAAGAAUUGAAAGCAAAGCUUAAGGAUGUACUUCGCGAGAAAUCCGAUGUCUAUAACUCUCACAAGCCAGAAGAGGACAAGGUUAGAUUGGGAGAACCGGGGUGGAAAGAAAGAUAUUAUGAAGAAAAGUUUUCUGCAAGAACUCCUGAGGAGCUUGAUGCAAUAAGAAGAGAUGUUGUCUUGAGGUACACAGAAGGCCUUUGUUGGGUCAUGCACUAUUAUUAUGAAGGGGUUUGUUCUUGGCAGUGGUUUUAUCCCUAUCAUUAUGCGCCUUUUGCUUCUGAUCUCAAGGAUCUUGGUCAGUUGAAUAUAAACUUUGAGCUUGGCUAUCCGUUCAAACCGUUCAAUCAGCUUUUAGGAGUAUUCCCUGCUGCAAGUUGCCAUGCACUUCCUGAGCAUUACAGGAAACUGAUGACUGAGCCGGAUUCACCUAUCAUUGAUUUCUACCCGACUGAUUUUGAGGUGGAUAUGAAUGGCAAACGGUAUGCCUGGCAGGGUAUUGCAAAAUUGCCUUUUAUCGAUGAAGCUCGUCUUCUUACAGAAGUCCAGAAAAUUGAACAUACAUUGACGGUGGAGGAGGUACGGAGAAAUAGCGUGAUGUUUGACAUGCUUUUUGUGAAAUUGUGUCAUCCUCUCUCUGUAUGCAUAAGUAUUCUUGAUGAGAAGUGUAAAAGGUUAACAGAUGAAGAACGUGCUAAAAUUAAGGAGAGAAUUGAGCCUGAAAAAAGGGCUAAAUGCAGUGGUGGAAUGAAUGGUUAUUUAUCCCCAUGUGCCGGAGAACCUCGCCCACCUAUUUUCAGGUCUCCUGUGAUAGGGAUGGAAGAUAUUAUCGACAACCAAGUCAUGUGUGCUAUAUAUCAACUCCCAGAUGUGCAUGAGCAUGUCACCCGACCGCCUGCUGGGGUUAAAUUCCCAAAGAAGACUGUGAAUUUGGGGGAUCUAAAACCUGAACCAGUUCUGUGGCAUGAAGAUUCUGGAAGGAAGCCUUGGGAGAAUGGAAGGCAAAAUCCCUCGGGAACCAUUUCUGGCCGGCAGCUUGGGCAGGCAGCUCAUCGACUAGUUGUUAAUAGCUUACAAGUGAAGGCAGAUCCUAAUGGAUAUGACAAUAAAAUGCACGCCCAGCCACCACCUUACCCUGUGCCUCCUUAUCGGCCGCCUAUGGCUUCCUACCAAAAUUAUAGGUUUCAUGAUCAGGCAUAUAACAGAAUGCCCCAACCAAGAUCAUUUCACCUUCCUCGAGGACAUCACCAGUCUUCAAAUUCCACUGCCGGUCCAGGUUACCAUGAGGAUGGGUACAAUCCACCUUAUGUCUCACCAACGUCCCGCUAUCCUAACAAUUGGUCUCAUCCUCAAAACUUCUACGAAAGAAAUAACCGACCAGUUACGCACGGUAAAGGAGAGUAUUCGAGGAAUGUAAACUAUCAGUCAGGGUAUCAUCAGAAUGGAGGAGGACCCAUGUAUGCUAGGGGACAAAUGGCACAAAGUCCAAAUGGGGUCCGUGCUCAUCCUUACCAAGGUGGUCACAACAGUUAUUGUCAGAACUACCAACCACAGCCUGGAGGUUCUAGUCAUCAGCAAUGGGGCAAUUGGGUUCCAAGGAACAGCCAGGGCAUUCCCAGGGGGUACGGUGGCCCUCAACAACUAGGCAACCAAUAUUCUGUAUUAGAAAGAAGAUCAAAUAAGCACCAACCUCCACCAGCAGCGCCUGGCUAUGGGCACUAGUAGAAUUAUUUUACCAGUCACCCUGAUUUGUCCUGUGCUGUCCUUGACAAUAAAAAUGGACGAUAUUCACUUUUUUAUUUGUUGUGUUGUAACAUUAAAUUAUUUUUCCCCCCUUCUCCCUGUUGUUCCAUUAUUUCAGUUUAAAUAGAAAGGUAAAAAAAAAAAAA